AUGGAGUACUCCGUACCAAGUAGUGAAAUCUUUAAUACUUUGUUAACAGGUUAUCACUCUGUGUUUUUGUAUUUGCUGCAACAUCAACAAGUUUGCAAAGUGUUCGGUGGAUUACCUGUAUGCAAGUUAUUGCAGCAUUGACCCUGACUUGAACCCCCCAGGGAAAAUGGGAACUCCAUCAAUAGCCUCCAUUGGUAUCAUUGGCAAAUCGGAUAAUCUCCUCCAUAUUUCGGUGUUUCCACCUCAUCAAAGCGCACAGGUUGAGUUUUCUCUAGCGUUCAAUUCAUCUCUUGAUGUACUUGAAUUGCGCCAACAUGACACCUCUGUUGAUCAAGAUUUUGGGUUACUACAUGCCUUGGAUGAGAGAUUUUCAGUUUAUGGCUGGUUGACAAACACCGGCGUAAAAUUUUUGAUUAUUGUUGAUUUAGAGGGGAGAGUGGCUGUCCCUGGAAAGUUCGCACCGCUUGCGGGCCUUCGAGAGUCUGAUUUGAAGCCGGCUUUUCGCGCAUUACAGACAGCAUAUAUGAAGUUGUUGCAAAAUCCAUUUUAUGAUCCAGACAGAAAUAAUACUGAUUGUGGAGAGCCUGCAACCAGUAACAUAGGGAUCAAAAAUCAUCAUUUCAUUGCUGAAGUUAACCGUAUUGGUGAAUUGUGGGUGCCUGGCAUGGUGAAUGUUUAAAGCUCUUGGGCCAGUGCAGUGCAGAGAUCUCCGGUCAAAGAGAACAUUACAGCAUCCUUCUUUAGUUAAUUUGAUGCUUUUGCGACAUGACAUCGAAGGUCCUCACAGACAGCCAGACCGAUUUGACCUGAGAAAAAGAGGUGAACAAGACUUUUUACCUUAAGCAAUUGUUGACUGCUUCCUUUCCUGGAAUCCA